CUCUAUGACCUGAUGGAUGCGAUACUCGACAUCACUAGCGAGUGAGGAUGCUACUGUUUCGGAUAAGUUGGCGAUGCCUAGCGACUCGGCAACGUCCUGCAAAUGUCGGCUUCAUUUCGUCGUAUAAACUGACACUAUCGUAAUGCAUACUCUGACCGAGUCUGACUUGUAUAUCCCCGUUUGAUGUGUUUGAGCAGCUUUCGCUUUCGGUUUACUCAUCGUGAUGUUGAAUCUUAUGCCGCUCCUCCAGGACCGAACAUUGUUGAGUCACGUGCACCUCAAGCCUUCUAUGUCACCCGCUCAGCUUUUGUGCACACACCCGCCAAGAGUCUGUAUAAUAUAGAUGUGCAUAUGACGUUCUAUCACUACUUGUAUUAGCUUCCCCUCACUUGCAACAACUGCUCCGCUGUGUUACGUGCACCUCGAGUCUGCAUAACCCAUUUUCUCAGCACUCGACCAAAAUCAGCGAUGCCAGAAAACCAAUGCAACGUUAACAGCCCUUUGACCUUUAGUUAUAAAGAGGUCGACGGGAUCCGUGUCCUGCUCGACGUCUAUCUUCCACCAGACGAUGUCGACCAACAAUUUUCCCAACAGGUGAUUCAGUAUCGUCCAGCAGUCGUCUACUUCCACGGAGGGGGUCUCACCGUAGGAAAUAAACGGAGCUGGUUCCCUACUUGGCUGAAAAGCCGGUUGCUCGCACGCGGUAUCAUAUUCAUCAGUGCAGAUCAUCGUCUUAUUCCUCCAGGGACUGGAUACGAUGUGCUCGCUGAUGUGAAGGACGCCAUCGCUUUUGUCGCGGGAGAUUUAAAUGUUCAGCUCGAUCAGGAGCUGGCUGAUCUUGGCUCUGGUUCACGUUUCCGCAUCGAUCCCACGUCGAUCGGUGUGGCUGGAACUAGUGCGGGCGGGUUCUGUGCGUAUCUAUGCGCUAUUUAUGCAGUCCCGAAACCGAAGGUAGUUCUCAGUUUAUAUGGUAUGGGAGGUGAUUUUCUGACAGACCAAUAUCUCACUCCAAAGACGCAAUCUUUCCUCCGGGGGAGAGAAAUGCUAGAUCCCGCACAGUUCUCUGAAUAUAUACAUCCGUUCAACCAUCUCCAAAGCACUUCAGACUCACCACUCGUAUACCAUCCACAGUCAUAUCACAUCCCGGGAUAUCCUGCGAACCCGCGAAUGCUAAUCUCACGCUUAUACCUGCAACUCGGGGUCGCCUUGGAUUAUAUUACAGGCCAGCAUGAACCAAGUCUUAGUGUUGCAUUACGCAAGGCUAUCCAUACUGAGGAUCCCUUCGACGAGGCACUCAUUUCUGAUCACAAGAUUAUCUUCCCUCAGUUCAACGUCACAUCGGAUUGGCCGGCAACAUAUCUCAUCCAUGGAACCAACGACACUGCUGUUCUCCUGCGGGAGUCUCGUAAUUUACAUUCCUUGCUCUUGAAAGCUGGCGUAGAAGUCGUAUUGGAAGAACUACCAGGUCGAGAACAUUCGUUCGAUUAUCAACCAGGCGCAAAGCUAGAAAAUGAAAGAUCAUUCGAUGAUAUCGUUCAGUUUCUUUAUCUCCACCUAACUUAGAAGCAGUACCUAAUUUGAUGGAUGAUUCAGACCGACUGACUAGUGCUGACUGUUGGUCUUGGCGGUUAGAUAGAUAACGGACACGACACAGUACCAAGUACACCAUUUGAAAGGUUUCCUCAAAUGUGCUCGCUAAAUUUAUCCGGACGCAUGGUACACAAUACCAGGACUCAUCUGCGUGAUCAAGAUAUUUCAAGUAUUGAUACGAAGGCUAGCUGUAGCAAGUUGCAACAUCGAA